AUGGCACCAGUCAACCCAACACCGCGCUUCUGGGCCGGACCCCUGCGAUACCUACGCUGGUCCUCGCGCGAACACCCCGCCUUCUUCUUCUCCGUCUUGAUCGGGGGUUCCGGACCCGUGAUCCUCUUCACCGUGCCCCCAUUGAUGAAGAAACUAGGCUACGUGCGAGCUGCGCCUAUUCCCAUGACAUAUCCCGUCCCUGCGGGCCCAAGGAAACAAUUAACAGGAUACGAUGACUGA